AUGGUUCACUCCUCCCCCACGUGGCGAUGGUGCAAACACGGUGCAGCCAACCGGCUACGCUGCCUAGCCGAUGUCGUUGCGGUGCAUGGGCGUUGGCCGACUCGCCCCGAGUUCAUGGUUAUGAUGUCCCAGGGCAACCCAGCGGCCCCGGUGGAGAUCAACCGCGAUGGCCACAUGCACUGGGCCCCGGUGCACCGCUCCGGGAUGAUCUACAACCAUCUCACGAGGAUGCACACCCAGGUCCAGGGACUCCACCAGCUCCCUCCAAAUAUUGUCCCCGUCCCCGAAUCAACUCGCCACCCAUUCUAUGGCAUGGUCAAGGACACCCCAACGCCAUUUGAGCUCUGGCCACGACCCAUGGUCGUAGCCCUGGCCUACCACGCUCCAGCAUCCGAGGUGAGCCAUCCCAUGACCAGCACCACCCGGACCACCACUGCCCUCAUCCAGAGCUAUGUCCGGCGAGUGGAGACCCAGCACCAUGCUUUCCAUGCCUGCCCUCGAAUCCACCCUGUAUGGUCGUUCCACCGUGAUGCCUGGAGACCCUUUGGUGCUCCGUUUACAUGGUCCACCAUCUCGGACCUGGACCUUUUCACGGUCAACUCGCGCGGUGACCGCCACAAGGACGCCGUCAAGACCCUUUGGAUCCUCCUCACGGCCUCGACUCUCAACCUCAUAUGGACCCAACACAACAAGGUCCAGUAUACAGAUGCCAGCCCGCUGCUAUUGCCCCAUUGGUUCGAGCUGUCGUUGCUUGGCUGGAUGCCCUCCGUUCGACGGAAGCUGCGCCUGCAGGACCGUGAAUGCCCUAUCCGCACUUCUGCCCUCCACGUCCUCCAUACACUGCGCGACCAAGCCAACUACCGACGGCUAUGGUAG